AUGGAUAAGAAUAAUCGGAGAAUCGAAAGAGGUGCUCUUGGGGAAUGUCGAGAGUCGGACGAUGGAAUUAAUACUCAACAGGGAGACGAAACCUUUGGAAGUAGGGAGAACAUUAAUGAAUCAUCUCAUGUUGAAUUGGAAAAUAAUUUAACUGUAUGUGAGGAAACAACUAUCGGAGAUGGACCGGAUAAAUCCUCUAAUGGGCUGCUCAACAAAUUGGCCAAAUCUAGAUACUUUGGACCUUUCAUAAACAACAUGCAUGGUAACGAGGUGCCAUUAAACGAGUCUGAGAUUAACUUCAAUAGUGCCCAAGAUAAAAGAAGAAGAUAA